UUGAAGGACUUCUCUUUUUGGUCAUAAACCUCUCGCGUUUGCGAAAUUCUACUGCCAUUAGGCAGAAUACACUUCUGGCUAUUCACUCCGAUUUCCCCGCUAACUCUUCUCCCCUGCCACGUCGUUGCUCCACCUUCUUCACAUCUACUUCCGCAUUCUGUUACCGCCGUCCUUUGCCGUCUGCUAGCGCCGUGAAGCAACGCUAAAAAUCAAUCUCAUCGCUUCCCUGUAACCACCGAGAUUCCUGCCCAGCGGACAAAAAGGGGCUGUUUGCCCUUUAACCCUAUGCAUCGACCCGGCCUCGCCGGCAGCAGCUCUCAGGGAACGACCGCUUAGUUGGCAUCAUGACUGACUUUGAAAAGAACCUGCAUCAGGACGUGGUUUCUCAGCUGCAUGAUUUGGCUGCUGCUGGAGACACAACCAGGCUGAAGGCACUGCUCAGAUGCUCCCCGUCACUAGUCAAUGCAGCUGCAGGGAAUGGCUGGACAGCUCUCAUGUACGGUGCCAGAAAUGGACACCUCGAAGUUGUGCAAGUUCUUCUUCAAGAAGGGUGUGACAGAUCCAUCAUUAAUAAAUCAAGGCAAACAGCUCUGGACAUUGCUAAAUUUUGGGGAUACAAACACAUAGCUAAUUUGUUGGCUAAUGUGAAAGGUGAUCAGAAAUCUAUUUUUUCAUCAAAUGAUGUGAAAGAAUAUGAAAAUUAUUUUGGCAUGACACUUCUGGAUAGAAGGACUGAUAAAAGAACAGAUUCCAAGUGGCUAAGUCAAAAACAACGCCAUCCAGAUACAGUAUACAUCCUCUUCUCAAAUCUAAGCCCCUUUGUUACUUUAGGUGGGGGAAGUGAGAGCUCACACCAUCCAGAAGUAAAGCUUUGCAGGCUAUACCGCCAGGAUGUUGAACAGUGCAUUAACCAAACUGAAGAAUGUACCUUGAUUUUUCUUGGAGUGGAACUUCAGUUUGAUAUGAGACUGAUGGCUGCUUGCCAUGGAAGAGUUCGGCAAGAUGAAGAAGAUGGGUUAGUUGCUUGGUUUGCUCUUAGCAUAGAUUCUGCUUGUGCUGAAAAAUUUAAACAGAAGUAUGAAGGUUGUUACUUUCUUCACCCGCCGAUGCCAGCACUGCUGCAGUUACCUGAAAAAGAAGCUGGAGUAAUAGCCCAGGCGAGAUCUGUUCUAGCAUGGCACAACCGCUACCGAUUCUGCCCAACAUGUGGGAGUGCAACCAAGAUUGAAGAAGGGGGUUACAAGAAAACUUGCUUGAAAGAAGAUUGUCCCAGUCUCCAAGGAGUUCACAACACAUCAUAUCCAAGAGUUGAUCCUGUUGUGAUAAUGCAAGUUAUCCAUCCAGAUGGGAACCACUGCCUUUUAGGUAGGCAGAAGAGGUUUCCCCCAGGAAUGUUUACCUGCCUUGCUGGAUUUGUAGAACCUGGUGAAACCAUAGAAGAUGCUGUUCGAAGAGAAGUAGAGGAAGAGGCUGGGGUCAAAGUUUCCCAUGUUCAGUAUGUGUCUUGUCAACCAUGGCCAAUGCCCUCCUCCCUAAUGAUUGGCUGCUUAGCUUUUGCAGUGUCCACAGAAAUUAAAGUUGACAAGAAUGAAAUAGAGGAUGCCCGCUGGUUCACUAGAGAACAGGUUGUGGAAGUUCUCAUUAAAGGAAGCCAGCAUUCUUUCUUUGUACCACCAAGUCGAGCAAUUGCACACCAGUUGAUAAAACAUUGGAUUGGAAUGAAUGCUAAUCUUUAAUUCAAAUAAUUGAUUUCUUUAAGUUACUUCUUCUAUUGAGUGCUUAAUUAGGAAUAAAUUAGAGCAAUUUGUCUUGCGAAUGUGUAACCAAGUGAUUUUCUGAGCCUUUAUGUUGGUUCCAGAGCCCACCUAUGCAAAUUUUUGUAAAUGUUUUUAGACCUGAAUUAGAUUUGGACAAAACCCAAUAAUUAUCACAAGCAAGCAAGUGAGCAAAAAUAAGUAGAGUUGGUGCCUUGUUCAGUACAGGCUUGUUUUUUGUUCUAGAAUGUAAUUAUUGUGCCUUUUGCUCUUACGUUUUUCAUGUUUGAUUUGGUCUUCCCUCACUGGAAGGAGUCACAGCAUUACAAAGAGGUCUGUCUGACCUUGCCUGCUCUUUGAAUUCUCUACUUACAUCCUCGUACUUGGCCUUAAUUAUUUCUUUCUCAUUUUUGCCUGUCUCCAGUCUUUAAAUUUGACUUGUCACAGAAAUCAACGUUCAGUGCUGAAAGCUUUACCAACUCUGGUUGUUUUCAAGUUAAUAGCAAAUGUAAAUAGUGAAUAGGUGUUACUUCGUAUCUUUUAUAUUAAUAACCUAAUUUAUAUUAAUAUUUUAAGCAGAGCAUUUACUCAUCCAUUCUGACUGGGCCUGCACUUACCCAAUUGUACGUCAGCCUGAAUUUAAAGGUAUAACGCAAUACAUAGUUUUUGAAAAGAGUGUUGGAGAACUAUCCCCGAAAGCCUAAGUAGUGGUGUUUUUGUAAGAUAAUAAUGUACUUAUUGAUGUUAGUCAGUGAGUCAUUUCAUUCUCUGAUAAUUAGAAAUGAAAUUACAGAGUAAUGGAGAAGGAGGAACAAGACAUAUCUCAAAAUAUGCACAAAGUUCUUUAUUGGAAAUAGAGAUGCUAAGAUUGUUCUUGCUAGAAUCUUACAGUUGAAAGAAGUAUAUUAACUGCAACUAUAAGACUGGGAUAGCAAUACAUUAAUUAAAAUAUUUAUUUAUGUGGUUUUAAUGCUA